AUGUCAGCGGCAUGCGCCGAGCGGUGCGGGCUCGCGUCGCGAAUCAACAAGAGUUACGCCGGCCGGGCUGUGGGCGUCGGGUUCGCGAGGAUACUGGGACGAAUCCACGACGCCAGCAUUCGGAUCGGCAAUUCUUGCCUGAGGUGCUCCUUCACCGUGAUCGAGCACGGCGAGAUCGACCUCCUCGUCGGCCUGGACGUCUUGCGCGCCCACCGCUGUGAAAUCAGCCUCUCCAAGAACAGAAUGAAGUUUCACGCCGGAGACGGCCCGGCGAAAGAGGCGAGUGAGAGAUAG